CCAUCUGAGGCAUCUCAAGGGGAAUACAAUUGGCUGUGUCAGGUUGGAGGAGACUGGGGUUUGGAGCUAAGGUUCCCUGGAGGCUUCAGAGGCAGAGGACUCAUGGAAGGAGGUCUCUCUGCCUCCAGUCCUAGGAAGCUGCUGCGUCUGGAAUCCCAGCCCCUGUCGCGCCUCCUGGACGAGCUGGAGGAGCUGGUCGUGCUGCUGGAUCCCAAGCCUGGGCCUGGUGGGACGAUGUCCUAUGGCACCACCCGACACCUGGCUGCAAGAUACGGACUGCCUGCUGCCUGGUCCACCUUUGCCUACUCACUGCGGCCCAGUUGCUCACCUCUUCGGGCCCUGAUCGAGAUGGUGGCAAAGGAGCCCUCUGCCUCUCUGGGCCAGCUUGGCACACACCUGGCCCACAUAGGACAGGCAGACGCACUGAAGGUGCUGUCCAAACUUGGUUGAUCUGGGGCUUGCCUGGCCUAGUACUCAACAAAAAUAAAGUUUCCCUUGAAGUAAG